AUGUUGGGCUCUCUCUCCAAUGACACUUUACUGAACACAGCUACCUUCAUCCUUCUGGGUGUACCAGGGCUGGAGGUAGCCCAUCUUUGGCUGGCAGUUCCAUUGAGUGCCAUGUACUGCAUAGCCUUAUUAGGAAAUAUUAUCAUUGUGACUGUGAUCUGGACAGACAAUGCCUUACAUGAACCCAUGUACUAUUUUUUAUGUAUCUUGGCUGCUGUGGACAUUGUCAUGUCAACCUCAGUGAUGCCCAAGAUGUUGAACAUCUUCUGGUCAGACAAUGGCAUUAUUGGCUUUGCUGCUUGUUUCAUUCAGAUGUACAUCGUCCAUGCCACCACAGCUAUAGAAACAGGGUUGCUCCUGGCCAUGGCCUUUGACCGCUAUGUAGCCAUCUGCAAACCUCUGCACUACCAAACCAUCCUCACAUCACGGACCAUGAUAGGGAUGGGCAUGGGCAUCAUAGCAAGAGCUAUCACAGCUAUGAUUCCAAUGACCUGGAUGGUGGUCCAUCUGCCAUAUUGUGCCUCCCACAAGAUCCCCCAUUCCUAUUGUGAACACAUGGCUGUGGCCAAGUUGGCAUGUGCUGAUCACAUGCCCAGCAGUCUUUACAGCUUAAUCAUUUCCUUCCUCAUUGUGGGGACUGAUGUGACUUUCAUUGCUACCUCCUACAGUCUGAUCCUCUGGACUGUGUUCAGUCUCCCCUCUAGAGAUGCACGGGUCAAAGCCCUCAGCACAUGUGGUUCACAUGUGAGUGUCAUGGUCCUCUUCUACUUGCCAGGCAUAUUAUCCAUUUAUAUGGCCUGGUUAGGGCAAGACAUGGUGCCUUUGCACACCCAGGUGCUGCUAGCUGAUUUCUACUUGGUUAUCCCUCCAAUGCUGAACCCUCUUAUCUAUGGCCUGAAGACAAAGCGUAUCCGGGAGCGAGUGUGGAAUGCCGUGGCCACCAGUCUCCCUGGCCAUGCCUGCCAAAACUCAUCAAAAGAGAAAAGACCUAUUCGAGUGUUUGUUAUGGAACACAGUGAGUCUACAUGGGAGGCACAGACUCAGAAGUAA